UGUUUCGUAGUGGUCGGAUGUUGACGGCAGGUUCUGCCGCUCGGAGCAGUAGUGUUGUGCUGUGUUUGACCAUGAACGAUCGUGUUGGGUUGUGGACAGAGGAUGGCAACUGUGCGUAUGCUGCAGACUACAUUGUGGACGGCUGGGUAAACGUAAAUGGGAAAGGCCGUUUGUACCCUGCCUACAGCCUCAAUGGCUCGGAGGAAGAGGCUGAUUCUCCUACACACCACUACCGCUCUCUGAGGCGCCACCAACCACAGCAGCACCAGCUGGUUGCUGGUAAUAACCCGUACCAGAUACAUACGUACCAACAGCCGUACCAGCAAUCUCAACAACAGCAUCCUGCAGGACUUAGUGAUACUCCCACAUCUGAGAAUGCGUCCGAUGCAACGUUGACGGAUUCUGAAUUGGCCCUCGCUCGAGAUUCGACUCUUCUGGUCCACAACGGCUCGUUGUUGGAAGGAUCUCCACCCGAUGUGCCACCUCGAAAUCCCUCGAUGAAUCGAUUAAACGGCCGCGUGGCCACAGGGAUCAUGGGCAACCCUGCCGACCGAGACGGCGACUUCGAGCCAUCGUACCUCGUGAGGACACCGUCAGGAAACGUUUAUAUUCCCACAGAUGUACCGAAGGAUUCUCCUUUGGACUACAAGUCCAAUUCAUCAUGUAGCAGUCCCUCUAAAGGGGAUAUUCAGAAAAACUCUGAAAGAUGUUCCUUGCCGUUCGGGACACCUGUUCCAGUCUUGCCCGUCCGUAAUAACUUACGCCGCCCCAACUCAAGCCAUUUCCCACAGUCACGGUUCCAGUUUCGGAAAGGCCUCCCUUCAAAAUGUACUUGGAGGUGUGCGGCAAUUGUAUUCAUUAUCUUGUCAGUCGUGCUUGCAGCAGGACUGACAUAUAUGUCAGCGGUUAACCUAUUGAACUGGUCAUAUCAGAGUGCCAAAGCUUGCACAGUUCUUGUCGGAGAAAACACAGAAGUUUUCUCCAAGUCACCUGCUGAAACGAAUCGUUCGUCCGGUCGACCUCGACCAUCUCCGGGAGGUAAAUACCUGCACGCUGACGGCAAUUCCGUGUCGUUACCUCCUUCUUCUGCAUCACCACACAGUAAAUUAGUCCCGGUGCACCUUCGUUGGCGUAGAUCAGUUAACCGGCAUGUCUUACCCCCUCCUAAUGUUGUUGAUACCCGUGGUAUGAACGGUGAUGACCCUGUCACUGUCCGUAAUCUUGAUGAUGUUGAUGUUACUGUGCAUGUUGACAAUUUAACUUCUGUGAGUUUGGUGCAUGGCAGUAUAUCUGGCAACACCUCUGAUGUUGCUAUCACAGAGGAUGGAGGGAAUUUGAGCAAUGAAGGAGGUGUGUCUCCGUCAGACUCCCAAAGGCAUGCUAAUGUGUCUGUCCUGCUUAAUGUGAGUGUUUCCAAGACUAAUGAUACAAGUAGCAACACCAAUAUUGCUGAGGGACUUUUACAAGAUGAGGGUAGUGGCUUUAUUCCAACCAGGAGACAUGUCGCUGCAAACAUGCAUGAUCCUGCUCCAGAUUCCAUUCAGCGUGAUUAUCCUCCUGUGUACUCGUACGGUCAGGAUGAGGUGGAAAUCGUUAGGUUGAAUCAUGAAACAGUGACCUUGAAGUCAGGUGGUAGUAGCAGUCUCCCACAGCAUACGAGCCCUGAUGGGAACAGACUCAAUAAUGACGUCAGAGACAUUUCUCCGUUUGAAGGUGAAAGUAUCGACAGUCAGGAUUCAGAGGAUGAAACAGACAGGGCUCAACACGAAAGGGCCACGACCGGAAAGUCUGUAGUUACUACAACUUACCUGUCCGCAUAUCAGUCUGAUGCUACGACUAUGCAAUACAGAGAUGAGUUUAAGGCUGAUGUCUCUUUGUUUCAUACGUCAUUAGAGAAUCCUUCGCCGUUGAAUAAACUAGAAGCAGAAAUGGACAAUAACGCAACUGAAAAUGGUUCCCAGUCUUUUGCCGAGCAUGUGUCACCAGAGCAUGUUUUGAAAUUAAUACCGCAUUUUGCAUCUGAGAGUGUUGUUAACAGCCACGCCGAAGUAUCUCGUAAUAUUUUGAAUGUGAGUGCAUCUGAUGCAUCAUUAACAGCUUUGCCAAAAGUUGAUGUGUUAGAACUGACACCUGAUUCAAAUGGUUCCUCCAAACACGCUAAACGUGUGCUUGUGAAUGUGACGAUAGCUACUGAGGAUGCUGAUCGAAGUAAUGAGACGGGCUAUCACUCCGGUAACCACAGUCCCGUGUAUGUCCUUUCUGUAUCUGUCCCUACCAAUGGAGAGAGUGAGAAAGUUGCAGGCAUUGACAUAAGUCCCCCAUCCCAGAAAGUUGCUUCUGUCCUGCUUGGUUUGAGCAAUGAGAGUAGUAAGCAGACCUUUGUCACCAACCAUGAACAACCACUGUCACUGCAACGAACCACCACUACCAUCGCCCCACUUCCUACAACAACCAGUUUUCAUUUGUGGGGCGGAGUUUGUGAAUGUUCUUGCCCAUGCCUCGAUAACGCAGACGGCGAAAGUGACCCUGACUUGGAACGUGAUAAUAUGAUGUCUGUGUUGACUGACACAUCAAUAGUUACAGAAAAUGUUACAAUUACUCCAACACAGCUGGGAAAUCACGCUGGGGAACAGAAACAAAGCGAUGACAAAGCUCUAUUGCCCGAAAAUGUCGCAGCAGUCGAAGAGUCCAACAUCACAUCUGAAACAUUUAUAACAGAUCCUGUUAAAAUGACAUCUAUAUCCCUGUAUAUGUCCACAUCAGCUACUCCCGCCGAGACAACAGAGACCUCUACGGUAGAAACAACCACACUAUAUCUGAAGUACGACCCCUUUACGGAAAAUGUCGUUGAGUCUGCCAGUGCAGAGGUUAUGAUCGACUCACGUCUGCUACCCGCGAUGGAGAAUGAGUCAUCCACACUUGUCAGUGAUGAAGUGACCGAGGUGUCGACAGAUUAUACAAGCGCCGAGAGUAGCACGCAGGACUGCCCAGCUGCCCCCAUAGUCACUCCUCCUCCGCCACUGAUCUUGAUGAUGAAAGGUGGCAAAAUUCCACCAAGAUUAUUUCCUCCUGAUGGAACGACAUUUUCGCAAAUUUCUUUGGGUCAGAAAUUAUCAAAGGACAUUCCUCCAUAUAGUUAUUGGAAUAUGCAGUUUUAUCAGUCGGAAGCCGCCUAUGUCAAGUUUGAUUACAGCAUUCCACGUGGCGCUAGCAUAGGUGUCUAUGCGCGGCGAAAUGCACUACCAACGCACACACAGUACCACAUCUUAGAUGUUUUAAGCGGUUUCAAAGCAAGAAGUAAAAGAGGUUCGCACCCGUCAGUGAAGAAGGAAGUGACGCACUUUAUGGAUCCUGGCCACUGGUUUCUUUCGCUGUACAAUGACGAUGGAGAUCCGCAGGAAGUCUCGUUUGUUGCCAUCAUCUCGGAAGAUAUGACUCAAAACUGCCCCAAUGGCUGCAGUGGAAAAGGAGAAUGUCUGUUAGGCCACUGUCAGUGCAACGCGGGGUUCGGUGGAGAUGACUGUAGCGAGAGCGUGUGUCCUGUUUUGUGCAGCCAACGUGGGGAAUACAUCAAUGGGGAAUGUCAGUGUAACCCUGGGUGGAAGGGUAGGGAAUGCAGCCUAAGGCACGAUGAGUGCGAGGUUCCCGACUGCAACGGUCACGGUCACUGUGUCAACGGGAAGUGCGCCUGUGUCCGCGGAUACAUGGGCAAGUUCUGCGAGGAAGUGGAUUGUCCUCACCCCACAUGUUCUGGACAUGGAUUCUGUGCGGAAGGUGUCUGUAUUUGUAAGAAAGGGUGGAAAGGAGCAGACUGCAGCCAGAUGGAUAAUGAUGCCCUGCAGUGUCUCCCAGACUGUUCAGGUCAUGGCAGCUUUGAUCUAGAAACUCAGACCUGCAGCUGUGAGCCGAUGUGGUCAGGGGAAGACUGCUCAAGAGAGCUGUGUGAUCUUGAUUGUGGGCCACAUGGUCACUGUGUUGGUGACUCGUGUGUCUGCAAUGCUGGAUGGUCUGGUGAAUUUUGCACCCUGAAGCAGUGUGAUCCAAGGUGUAAUGAGCAUGGACAGUGUAAAAAUGGCACAUGUCUGUGUGUGACUGGCUGGAAUGGUCGUCAUUGUACCAUGGAAGGUUGCCCAAACAGCUGCAGUGGACAUGGUCAGUGUCGAGUCAGCAGUGAUGGGGCCUGGGAAUGUCGCUGUUAUGAUGGCUGGGAUGGACGGGACUGCAGCGUUGCUCUGGAACAGAGCUGCAAUGACGGAAAAGACAACGAUAAAGAUGGUCUGACAGAUUGUGAAGAUCCCGAGUGCUGCUCAAAUCAUCUGUGUCGCAGUAGUCAGUUGUGUGUAUCAUCUCCCAAACCUAUUGACAUCCUUCUCAGGAAACAGCCUCCUGCAAUCACAGCAUCAUUCUUUGAGCGCAUGAAGUUUCUUAUAGAAGAGGGAAGCCUCCAAAAUUAUGCUCGGCAGGAAACGUUCAACGAAAGUGUGUUCUGGAACCACUUCAACACCAGCCGAUCAGCAGUGGUGCGUGGUCAUAUCGUCACAUCAAUGGGUAUGGGACUGAUGGGUGUACGGGUGAGCACAAGUACUCCUCUGGAAGGCUUCACACUCACUCGUGAAGAUGGGUGGUUUGAUCUCCUGGUGAAUGGUGGAGGGGCAGUCAUCUUGCAGUUUGGACGCAGUCCUUUCCGCCCCCAGCUUCAUAUUGUCAAUGUUCCUUGGAAUGAGGUUGUGAUUAUUGACACAGUUGUGAUGGAAAUUGGUGAUGAGAAAUCAACUCCCGCAGUAGCUCACUCCUGUGCCGCGCAUGAUUAUGAUCUCAUGAAACCAGUCGUGCUUGCUACAUGGAAACAUGGCUUCCAGGGAGCUUGUCCAGAUAAGAGUGCCAUUCUAGCUGAAUCACAGGUUGUACAGGAAAGCUUACAGAUCCCAGGUACAGGCCUUAAUCUUGUGUACCACAGCUCUCGUGCUGCCGGUUACUUGUCCACCAUCCAGUUGCAGCUAACACCUGAAUCAAUCCCAGCCUCACUGAAGCUCAUCCAUCUCCGAAUCACUAUUGAGGGCAUUCUCUUUGAGAAAACCUUUGAAGCUGAUCCAGUCAUAAAGUUUACUUAUGCCUGGAAUAGGCUUAACGUUUACAGGCAACGAGUUUAUGGCGUAACAACAGCCAUGGUCAAGGUUGGCUAUGAAUACAGUGACUGCAAGGACGUAAUUUGGGAUGUGCAGACAACAAAACUCAGCGGACAUGACAUGAGCAUCUCUGAAGUCGGAGGAUGGAAUCUUGACAUUCAUCACAGAUAUAAUUUCCAUGAAGGCAUACUUCAAAAGGGUGAUGGUUCCAAUAUCUACUUGAAGCAUAAGCCACGAGUAAUAUUGACCUCAAUGGGUGAUGGACACCAGCGCCCCCUUGAGUGCUUCGACUGUGAUGGCCAAGCAUCUAAACAGAGACUCUUGGCUCCAGUAGCUCUUGCUGCAUCUCCUGAUGGUUCUAUCUUUGUUGGUGAUUUCAAUCUUGUCCGAAGGAUUCUUGUAGAUGGGACAGUCAGGACCAUUGUGAGACUUAAUGCAACAAGAGUAUCAUACCGGUACCACCUGUCACUCAGUCCGUUGGAUGGAGUGCUGUAUAUCUCAGAUCCUGAAUCGCAUCAAAUAAUUCGAGUGAGGAGCGUGGACGACUACUCGGAUCCUGAUCACAACUGGGAGACUGCAGUGGGCUCUGGCGAGAGGUGCUUGCCAGGAGAUGAGGCACACUGUGGGGAUGGAGCACUUGCUAGAGAUGCCAAGCUUGCUUAUCCAAAAGGAGUGGCAGUCUCAUCCGAUAAUGUGUUGUACUUUGCUGAUGGCACCAACAUCCGUAUGGUUGACCGUGAUGGAAUUGUUACUACAGUAAUUGGCAACCACAUGCACAAGUCUCACUGGAAGCCAAUUCCUUGUGAAGGAACUCUAAAUGUUGAAGAGGUUCACUUACGUUGGCCAACUGAACUGGCGAUUAGUCCUCUAGACAAUUCUUUACAUAUCAUCGAUGACCACAUGAUCCUGCAGCUGGCUCCUGAUGGUCGUGUCAAAGUUGUGGCUGGACGCCCAUUACACUGCCCCUCUCCUGUCGGUGGUUACGAUAUAGAACUGGCUACACACGCUACUUUAGUGAUGCCACAGAGUAUUGCAUUUGGUCCCUCUGGUGACCUGUAUGUAGCUGAGAGUGACUCACAGAGGAUCAAUAGAGUGAGGGUGAUUGGUACAGAUGGCAAAAUCACACAUUAUGCUGGCGCAGAGUCUAAGUGCAACUGUUUGGAUCGUGGUUGUGAUUGUUUUGAAGAAGAUCACUUCCUAGCUUCAACGUCCAAAUUCAACACCAUCUCUUCCAUUACAGUGACACCUGAUGGUAUUCUACAUAUUGCAGAUCAGGCAAAUUACAGGAUUCGAUCAGUAACAGCCAGUAUACCAGAUGCAAAUACAAACCGAGAGUAUGAGAUAUACUCUCCAGAUACACAAGAGAUCUAUGUAUUCAACCGAUUUGGGCAACAUAUUGUGACUCGCAACAUUCUCACAGGCAAGAUAAGCUACCACUUUACUUACAACGUCAACACCAGCAAUGGGAAGCUGAGCACUGUGACAGAUGCUGCAGGAAACAAGGUGUUCCUGCUGCGGGACUAUUCCAGCCAGGUGAACUCCAUUGAAAACACAAAGGGUCAAAAAUGCAGAUUACGCAUGUCACGGAUGAAGAUGCUCCAUGAACUGAGCACUCCCGACAAUUACAAUGUCACUUUCGACUACCAUGGUCCAACUGGAUUGCUCAAGACCAAACUUGACAGUACAGGACGUAGUUAUGUCUAUAAUUAUGAUGAAUUUGGACGCCUAACAUCUGCUAUUACACCGACCGGAAAAGUCAUAAGUCUUUCUUUUGACCUCAGUGUAAAAGGAGCAACUGUGAAAGUUACGCAGAACAACAGGAAACCUGUAUCGAUGCUGAUCAAGGGCUCCAGUGUUGUCAGUAGGCUAGGUGAAGCUGAACACCGAACAUUAGUUCUGGCAGAUGGCAGUGUGGUCAGUGUGUCUCCUUGGUCUCACACUGUCAGUACUGACACUGUUCCCUAUACAGUUCUCUCUGACAUUAACCCUGUGCUGGGUGAGAGCUUUCCAGUUCCAGCUAAGCAGAAAACUGAGAUUGGAGGGGAUCUAGCUAAUCGUUUUGAAUGGCGUUACUUCUUACGGCGAGCCCAGGGUAGUGCCAAACCUGUUGGUGGCAGAGGAAGUGGCAAACCUGUAGUUCAAGUUGGGCGGAAACUGCGGGUUAAUGGCGAAAACCUGCUUACUACAGAAUAUGAUCGUGAGACAGGAACAGUCGCUGUUUUUAUGGAUGAUCGUAUCACCGAACUCCUCAAUGUAACUUAUGACCGAACUGCGAGACCUGUUAAAUGGGGACCAAGGAAUGGUAUUUUUGCGGGUGUGGAGUUAGAAUAUGAUCGGUUCAGUCGCCUGACAAGUUGGAAAUGGGGAGACCUUACCGAGAGCUAUGUAUUUGAUAGAGCUGGGCGUCUUUCUGAGAUACACUAUGGUGAUGGAUCAGCGAUGAUCUAUGCCUUCAAGGAUAUGUUCAGCAGUCUGCCCCUGAAGGUAACAACGCCUCGAGGAAGUGACUAUCUCCUACAGUAUGAUGAGGCAGGAGCUCUUCAAUCUCUGACAACUCCACGUGGCCAUAUCCAUGCCUUCUCCCUCCAAACAUCACUUGGGUUCUUCAAGUACCAGUACUUCUCACCAAUGAAUCGCCACCCAUACGAGAUACUGUACAACGAUGAUGGCCAGAUCUUGGCCAAAGUAUAUCCGCACCAGUCCGGUAAAGUGGCUUAUGUGUAUGAUCAGAGUGGAAAACUGGAAACAAUUCUUUCCGGUCUAUCUUCUAUCCAUUACACAUAUCAGGAGAGUACAAGUCUCGUGAAGAGCAUUGACAUCAUAGAACCAAACUUUGAGCUGAAGCAAGAAUAUAAGCAUCAUGCUGGGAUCCUCAAGGAUGAGAAGCUCAAAUAUGGAAGUAAGAGUGGCCUGGAUAAUGCUCAUUUCCGCUAUCAGUACGAUGGAAAUGCCAGGAUAUCUGGUAUUGAUGUAGAGAUCAAUGGGAAAGAACUACCUCAGUUAAGAUUGAAAUUUAACCAGAACUUGGGAAUGCUGGAAGGCGUCAGUGACCUGCGCAUCUAUCGCAAUACAUUCAAUCGUUCAGUGAUGCAGGACACCAGUAAACAAUUCUUCACUAUCACAGACUAUGACAGCCACGGCCGCAUAAAAUCUUUGCUUAUCAAUAUCAAGUCAUUUGACGUCUACAGACUUGAACUGGAUUAUGACAAGCGAAACAGAAUCAAAACACAGAAACUUACCAUUGGCAGGACGUCCUCUACAGACCGAAUAACCUAUAAUGCAGAUGGUCAUGUUAUGGAGGUAAUAGGCAAUGGGAAUUGGAAAUAUGUUUAUGAUGAAAAUGGAAAUGUCAUUGGUGUUAUUGAACAAGGAGAGAAGAUCUCAUUGGGAUAUGAUAGUGGUGACCGUGUUGUUCAGUAUGGUGAUGUGGAGUUCAACAGCUAUGAUGGUCGAGGUUUUGUAGUGCGAAGAGGAGAACAGAAAUAUCGUUACAAUUCUCGUGCUCAGCUUAUCCACGCGUUUGAACGUGACAAGUUCCAAACUUGGUAUUUUUAUGAUGACCAUGGUCGUCUUAUAUCCUGGCAUGAUGAACGUGGCAAUGUAACGCAGUAUUUUUAUGCCAACCCUAGCACUCCUGAUCUCAUUUCACAUGUUCACUUUCCCAAGAGUGGACGAACAUUUCGACUUUUGUAUGACGAACGACACGUACUUAUCACCGUGGAAACAUCUGAACAGCGGUUCUAUGUGGCAUCAGAUCCAAAUGGUUCUCCACUGGCACUCUUUGAUACCAAUGGUAACAUUAUAAAAGAAAUCCAUCGUACCCCUUUUGGUAAAGUGACUAAAGAUUCUAAUCCAGACUUUUAUCUUCCUGUUGACUUCCAUGGGGGAUUGUUAGACCCAAACACAGGUCUUGUGUACCUUAGUAAGAGACUCUAUGAUCCAGUUGUUGGACAGUGGAUGACACCUGCCUGGGAGGAGUUGGCCAAUCAACUUACUACACCAACAGAUGUUUUCAUCUAUCGUUUUAACAACAAUGAUCCUAUUAAUCGCAGACACAACAUUACUUACAUGACAGAUCUGCCAAGUUGGCUGAAGCUCUAUGGUUAUGAUGUGAGCAGCAUGCUGGGAUCAUCUUAUACCUCACAUAUGGUGUACCAGCCUCAAGCCACUGUAACUUCUCCUCAACUUUCUCCUGACUUUGGUGUUAUGUCGGGGCUGCAGUGCAUAGUAGACAAGAUGAAUGAAAAGUUCAGCGAUUUGGCCUUUGUUCCAAAGCCACUUCUGAAGAUGGAACCCAAGACACGAAAUCUUCUUCCACGUGUGGCAUACAGGAGAGCUGUAUUUGGUGAAGGAGUGCUUAUCUCACAAGUGGCUGGAAGAGCCAUGGUCAGUGUGGUGGAAGGUGUCAAUGGAGUUGUUCAAGAUGUAGUGACAUCUGUGUUCAAUAAUUCAUACUUCCUGGACUUACACUUCAGUCUCCAUGACCAAGAUGUGUUCUACUUUGUAAAGGAUAAUGUCUUAAAAAUUCGUGAUGAUCAGGAGGAACUACGGCGUUUGGGCGGAAUGUUCAACAUCUCGGCACAUGAGACAGCGUCUGAGCAUGGGGUUGCAGGUGGCACAAAAGAAUUGAGGUUGCACAAUCCAGAUGCAGCUGUUUUCAUUCGCUAUGGUGCAGAUCCCGAACAGGAGCGACAUCGCAUCUUGAAGCACGCUCACAAACGAGCUGUGGAACGAGCGUGGGAGCUGGAGAGGCAGCUGGUUGCAGCUGGGUUCCGUGGCCGUGGGGAUUGGACCGAGGAAGAGAAAGAAGAGUUGAUCCUACACGGAGAUGUAGAUGGUUAUGAGGGAGUGGACAUUCACAGCAUUCACCGAUAUCCUCAGCUGGCAGACGAUCCUGGAAAUGUAGCUUUUCGCCGGGACACAAAGCGUAAAAGAAGAAAGAGUAAUGUGGGAAGCCAAAGACUGAGAUCUCGUAGACAUGACUCGUGAUUCUUUAUGGCUCCAGUUUGACUGAUAGCCAGCCACCAGAUGUUCUGUUAGGGAAUAAACCUUACAGACCUUUUUAAAUGGUUCCAAAAGAAACAGCUGUUUAAAACUUACAGAACUUUUUAAAUGGUUCUAGUAGAAACAUUAGAAUAUAAAAAUAAGCAAACAAACAACUAUUAAUACUAUAAAUGACACCAGUGGCAAAAGGGGAAUUAAUUCAUAUAAUUAAAAAUGGUUUUAAAAAACAAAUCAUGAAGUUGAGUAACACUACACUAGAUGUUGGUUUCACUAGAUGUUGGCUGUUCUGCGGAGAGCCAUGGUUGCAUUCGUUGGAGUUCACAGGUAGAGACGACGCAACUGCGGCUCGACACAACUGCGGCUCGCCGCAGAACAGUGAUGGCCACCAGACCAGUGGAGUAACAGCUAAGUGCAGAGUACAACUCCUGUGAAACCAACAUCUAGUGUAGUGUUACUCAACUUCAUGAUUUGUUUUUUAAAACCAUUUUUAAUUAUAUGAAUUAAUUCCGCUUUUGCCGCUGGUGUCAUUUAUAGUGUUAAUAGUUGUUUGUUUGCUUAUUUUAUAUUCUAAUACACUACACGGUAUGCAAAGUUUUAAGAGUUGAACAUUAUGUAAUUUUUCCUUCCUCUGGUACUUCAACUGUACCUGUAAAAUACUCCUGAAAAAAAUCAGAGCAACACAGGCAAUACUUAAUCAAAUAUGACUAAAACUGCAUCUCUUUCACUCUCAAGAGACCAUCAAACUCAAGUGGUCAUAACUAGUCCUUCUGUGUCCGUCAAGGUAAUUUGUGGAGACCCAAAAUGUAUGUGUGAAUGUGUUUAAGAAUGAGAGGUAUAUCAUGUAUAUUUUAUAACUAUCUAGAGUGUGUGCAAUGAACAUUUCCUAUCUGCAAGAUGGUAUCAAUGCAUUUCAUACAGUUAUUACAUAUAUGAAUGAAAAUAAAAGAGUGACGUGUAUGAAAGAAACUCGAGUCCCAAACAAUUGAUUAUGGACUAUUUCUGUGAGAGUCAUUAGAGAAUAGAUUUGAGAUUGAUAGAAAGAAUUGUCCUCUAUUGCUAUGCUGUGCGCAGGGUAUUAUUUGGAGGUUCUUAGAACAACAUAUAUAGAUGCUUGCACACUACUGCCAAGGAAACGUUUUGGCAAAACAGAAGAUAGCAUCGGCACUUGCUUCACCUCGUGACAGUCCUUCCUUAGAAAAGCUACAUCUUAAUACAUCAUACAAUCCUUCUGAGCGGAAGCUUUCAGCAUCGAACUUCUUCAGCGGUAUAAUGGACUACAGUAUAUAGGCCUACAGUGAUUUUUAAGUUAAGACUUGAAUGUUGUGUUUCUAUCGGAUACAGUAAGCACAGUACACAGUGGCAAUGGGAUUAAUUGUGCAUCUUGAAAUAUUUAGCAAAAGUAAAAUAUUUAAUAAUUAAAAUAAAAACAGGGUAGUCACCAAACCAAACAAAAUACCAAUAAUUAAGAUAGGAGAAUCCACAAAUGAACAUUCUAUGUUCUGGUAUGAUGAUGUUGUUUGCGUAAUACAUAUUUCAUACUCCCUGGUAUGAAUGAAAAAGAGUGUGUCCUCCCCAUCUUUCCAUCUUUCUUUUAUACAAACCAGAGUUGUGAAAAGCGUGAAGUGGUGAAAAGUGAGCACAACCCAAUUCCUUAGUAGAAAUCAGCAAAAAGGAGAAGAAAGAAACUUAUAUGAGCUUUUUAUAGGAAGUACUUGAAACAAAAUAUUCUAUUACUACAGUAUUGUACAUAUGCGAAGAAACAGAACAAACUGUUCCUCGCUGUGCUUACAGCUCCGCAAUUUCUAGAUGACUCAUCUUUCAGUGUCUGUGAUUUUGCAUUGCAAUAUAAAUAUAGUAGUGUGAAUGCCAUUCAAUAUUAAUAUGUUUUAGGUCAGAUUUUUUACAGUGACUGAAGUUUUUAUUGAAUGGCAACUUUGAUAGUCAUAAAAGCAAGGGAUGUUAGCAUGUGUCCAUACACAACUGUUGUCAAAUUGAAGGGCAUAAAAAUAGGACUCCAAAUAAUUUCCGGGCUAACAAGUUAUUGUGAAGCAAGUUUUUAUUUUCGUCAAUAUGCUCACAUGGCUUUUAUCUUUGGUGCUUUAUAAAGUUAACAAGACCUGUUAUAAUUGUACUUGGAAGUGUGAUAAUUUAUGAUUUCUGUGAACUACCUAAUGUAAUCUGAGUACAGUUCACAGUUAAUUCUCACAUACACACAUGUAAAUUUAAAGUUGCGACCUUUUUUUAAGUUUUAGAUAUUGACGUAAAAUAUUGUUACGAAAUUAUUUUUGUUCCUCCAAAUGCAAAAAAUUCAGAAGUGCUAUCAAUGAAUAAUUGUGAUCAAAUCUUAAAGGUAAAUUUAGAAGGGUGCAUAAUAUUAACCAUUCAGUGUAUUAUUUAUAUGUAUGCUGUCUUUUAUUUUUUAAAAGAGAGUGGAGUAAGAUUGUGGCAUGUUUAGGCCUCAUGAAGACAUAUUUUUUCAAAGGUUUUUACCUGACUAAAAAAGAAAGCAAUACUUAUUAACACGUAGUUCUUGUUCAUACAGAUGUGCAAUUCUUGUAAUACAUUUUAGAUCUUUGGAAGAGAAGAUACUUGACUUAGAAGUGGAAGCCUUGUGCUGAGCUAUACAGGUAGGCCUGUUCGAGGGUCCACAUAUUUCUUUAUCCAGUGAAAAUUGUUUCUUAUCAACAAUUUCCUACCCUGAUGUCGUAUUUAUUUGGCCAGCGGCCCUUGUGAAUAAAUAAAAAAUAACAAUGUAGCAUGUCAGUUGGGAUGGAACCCAUCUGAGUAACUAAUUGUACAUAUAGACUUAAUUAUUAAUUAAAAGAACAUAUACACGUAAUGCAAUGUCUACAAUAUUGUACAAUGAUGUUAUCAUAGGAUUUAUGUAAAAGGUUACACAUUAUAUAAGACAGUGAUAGAUUCUUGA